AUGGGCGCCCGGAUGGUGCAGCUCACGCUAGUGGCGACGUUAGUGGCGCUGGUGAUGCACGGUGCCGACGCGUCAUCGGAAGCCAACGUCACCGCCGACGCUAAUGGAAGUAGUAAUUAUAGGCUUGCGAAGCAGCAUAAUUAUAAUGUUAGUAACGAUGAUCUAAUUACGGCGCCGUUCGCUGGCGCUGAUGUGGCUGCGGCGUCGCUGGCGGCCGAGGUCAACGAUGGGCUUCUGGAGUACGCAGCCGGCCCGCUGCCGCUCGAGGCGGUGAACGCAGCCAAGGCGAGGCGCGCCAAUGCCCGCCCGGCCGCCAUCUACAUGAACGAGUUCGCCGUCUACAUCCCGCGUGGGAACGACCUCGCCGACACCAUCGCGCACAAGUACGGCUUCUCCAAUCGCGGACAGAUUGGUUCCCUCAAGGGAUACUACUUGUUCCAUCACAACCACGUGCGAAAACGAUCGCUGGACCGAAGCGACGUUCAUCACAAUGCACUCAACACCGAGCCAGAGGUUCGAUGGGUGCAGCAGCAGCACGAGAAGCCUCGGUUCAAGCGCGACUACAGCACGUUCGAUCAGGACUUUGUCCGAUUUCCGGGCUUCCGGUCGCUGGUGGCGCCCGGCUCCCGGAUGGCCUAUCGCGAUACGAGCACGCACAACAUCUUCCCCGAUCCACUUUUCAAGGAACAGUGGUACCUGGUGAGUAGCAACGGUGGCGCCAAGGAUGGACCGGACAUGAACGUUGGCCCGGCCUGGCAGAAGGGCUACACUGGCAAGGGCGUCGUCGUAUCAAUCCUCGACGACGGCAUUCAGCGCAACCAUCCCGAUCUGGCCCAAAACUAUGAUCCUGACGCGUCGUACGACAUCAAUAGCAACGAUUCGGACCCGAUGCCACGCGAUAACGGUGACAACAAGCACGGAACCCGGUGCGCCGGCGAAGUGGCCGCCGUUGCCUUCAACCAGUACUGUGGUGUCGGUGUUGCGUACAACGCCAGCAUUGGCGGUGUUCGGAUGCUGGAUGGAACGGUGAACGACGCGGUAGAAGCAAAGGCACUGGGGUUGAACCCGGAUCACAUCGACAUCUACAGCGCCUCGUGGGGUCCCGAGGAUGACGGUUCGACGGUGGACGGCCCGGGACCGCUGGCCCGACGCGCCUUCAUCUUUGGCGUCACGAGUGGGCGACAGGGCAAAGGCUCGAUCUUCAUCUGGGCAUCGGGUAAUGGUGGCCGAUACACGGACAGCUGCAACUGCGACGGUUACACGAACUCGAUCUUCACUCUAUCUAUCUCCAGCGCCACUCAGGGAGGCUACAAACCGUGGUAUCUGGAGGAAUGUUCGUCAACGCUAGCGACGACGUACAGCUCGGGAACUCCGGGACACGAUAAGAGUGUGGCGACGGUCGACAUGGACGGUUCACUGCGUCCCGAUCGAAUCUGCACCGUGGAGCACACGGGAACAUCGGCGUCGGCACCGUUGGCCGCCGGCAUAGCGGCGCUCGCGCUGGAGGCGAACCCGGCCCUAACGUGGCGUGACAUGCAGUACCUGGUGGUGCUAACGUCCCGCUCGGAGCCGCUCGAGAAGGAACCGGGCUGGAUACUGAACGGUGUGAAGCGGAAGGUGAGCCACAAGUUUGGCUACGGCCUGAUGGAUGCCGGUGCGAUGGUGAGCCUGGCCGAACAGUGGACCGCCGUGCCCUCGCAGCACAUCUGCAAGUCGCGAGAGAUCAACGAGGAUCGUCCGAUAGAGGUAUCGGUGGGCUACACACUGCAGACGCACAUGGACGUGAAUGGAUGCGCUGGGACGGUCAACGAGGUACGUUUCCUCGAGCACGUGCAGUGCAAGAUUACGCUGCGAUUCUUCCCGCGGGGCAACCUGCGCAUCCUGCUCACGUCUCCGAUGGGAACGACCUCGACGUUGUUGUUCGAGCGCCCCCGAGAUAUCACCAAGUCCAACUUCGACGACUGGCCGUUCCUCAGCGUGCACUUCUGGGGCGAACGGGCCGAAGGUCGCUGGACGCUGCAGAUUCUUAACGGAGGUCCACGCCACGUCAGCCAACCCGGUAUCCUGUCCAAGUGGCAGCUGAUCUUCUACGGCACACAAACAAACCCGAUCCGCCUGAAGUCGGAAGGUACACGCUCGGGUGCCGCCUACUCGGGCCUCAACCCGUUCGUGUUUCCCACGGAAACGGACAUCAACCAGCAGUCGGGAUCGCUCGGAGGAACUGGUGCUAACUACUACCAGUCGGAUCUGUACAGUAACUUCAUGAACUUCCCCAACCUGUUCAGCGGUGCCGGUAGCGGCAUCGACAAGACGGUGGCCACCCUGAACGGGCACAACAUCCCGACGGCGCAGCGCGAGAACGUGAUGGCCGACUCGAACAACAAGCUGGUGGUUUUGCACGAUUGCGAUCCCGAGUGCGAUCAGCAGGGAUGCUACGGCAAGGGACCUACGCAGUGUGUUGCCUGCAAGCAUUACCGGUUGGACAACACUUGCGUCAGUCGCUGCCCACCGAGAAGCUUCCCGAACCAGGGAGGCGUCUGCUGGCCAUGUCACGAAUCGUGCGAAACGUGUGCCGGAGCUGGCCAGGAUAGCUGUCUUACUUGCGCCCCUGCCCACCUGUACGUCACCGAUCUUGCCGUCUGCCUGCAGGUCUGCCCGGAAGGAUACUAUGAAAACUACGAUAAUCGAACGUGUGUGCCGUGCGAGGCAAACUGUGCCUCCUGCCAGGAUCGGCCCGAUUACUGCACGAGCUGCGAUCAUCAUUUAGUUAUGCAUGAGCACCGCUGCUACGCCGCCUGCCCGAAGAACACCUACGAAACGGAGGAUUACAACUGUGCCGAUUGUCAUACAUCCUGCGCCACGUGCAACGGGUCCUCGGAGAGCCAGUGCAUCCUGUGCCGGGCCGGCCGGUUCGCGCACGAAGGCCGCUGCCUGAACGCCUGCCCCGACGGCUUCUACGGGGACAAGAAGCGCCACGAGUGCAUCGCCUGCCCGCACGGUUGCGCCACCUGCAGCAACGGUGCCGUCUGCCUCAGCUGCCACGACAACUGGACGAUGAACCGGAAGGGGAAAUGCAUCGCCAACGGAAACAACAACUGUGACGAAUCUGAAUACUUCGAGAACGGCCACUGCCAUCCAUGUCACUCGACGUGCGAAACCUGUACCGGGCCGACGGAGAACGAGUGUCUGACGUGCGCCUCUAAUCUGCUGCUCCAGGGUCAGCGCUGCGUGAACGUGUGCGACGAGGGCUACUACAUGGAGGUGGGCGUGUGUGCCAAGUGUCUGCACACCUGCACGCAGUGCGUCUCGCGGAUGAACUGCACCGCCUGCAUGAAGGGUUUGCAGCUACAGAGUGGCGAAUGUCGCACGACCUGUGCCGAUGGAUACUACAGCGACCGAGGAACGUGCGCCAAGUGCUAUCUCAGCUGCCACACGUGUAGUGGGCCGCGGCGCAACCAGUGCGUGCAGUGUCCGGAGGGAUGGCAGCUGGCGGGUGGUGAAUGCUUCCCCGAGUGUCCCGAGGGUUUCUUCAAGACGAAGUUCGGCUGCCAGCCAUGCCAUCAUUACUGCAAGACAUGCAACGGUGCCGGCCCGCUAGCCUGUACGUCCUGUCCGGCCCACAGCAUGCUGCAGGACGGUCUCUGCAUCGAUUGCCUCGCGUCACAGUACUACGAUCCGCCGACGCAAACGUGCAAAACGUGCCACGAGUCGUGCCGGACGUGCAGCGGCCCCGGCCAGUUCUCCUGCCUCACCUGCCCCUUCCCGCUGCACCUCGACCGCCUCAACCAUCAAUGUGUGCCUUGCUGCGCGGCCGACGCAUCGCCCGACGAUCAAAGCUGCUGCCAUUGCGACAAAGCGACCGGUGGCUGCAUUAAUGCAUCGCCGGCCGGUAAACGGCGCGUCGGGACCGAGCAGCAGCUGCUGCAGUUCGGCGACGAGAGGGCUGGCGCUGGGCCGGACGUUCCCGGCGAGGGAACCGGCGGUGGCGGGUCGCACCAGACCUGGCAGCAGUUCCUAACCAGCACGUCCAUGUCGACCAUCACGGUGGUUGCCGUGUCCGGCUGUCUGCUGAUUGUUACCCUGUUUGUAGUGAUAUUUACCGUUUUACAGAAGCGUAGCCAAACGAUGUACACUGGAAUUAAGUAUAAUAAAUUAGGCAAGAAACCACCGUCGGGCGGCGGCAGCCGAACCACCAGGAUAUCGAUACCGGCCGAUGGGGAUGAUUUAUUGGAACCAAUUGUAAAUAACGACGAAGAGGAGGAGGAGGAUGACGACGACGACGACGACGACGACGAGGAUGAUUAUGAUGGCAGCAGCGCGUCCAAUCGGCUGGCAACCACCGCCGAGGCCGAGGGCAGUGACCAGGAGGAAGCGGAUACGGCGGGACAGUUUGACAGCCGGAGGUUAACCGCGAAAGCAGUGCCGGCCCGAGGGAAGCGGACGUUUCGUUACGUAGCGUCCACCAGGACCUAAGCGGGAAGCGGUGGAGCGACGGUGGUAGGUAAGCAACAGCCCAACCCUCCCGGAAUGCAGCAUUGGGGCAGGUGUUUAGGAACACCCACACCCCUUCAUUCUCGGUCCGGGAAAACCUCUGGGCAGUUGACCGAAAAGCGGAGGGAGGGGGGAACGGCGUGAAUGUGUGCCUGAACACAAAUGCAAACUCUCAGUGUCGAAGCGAGCAGCAGCAUUUGUGGACGGAUGUGAUGUACGUGUGAGUAGGCGUGUGCGUGUGUGUAUGUGUGAUUGUGUAAAGGCGUGGUUGAGCGAUUGUACGAGUCGGAGUUGCAACAAUAGAAAGUUCACAGUUGAAUACGAACAAAACGAAUCGGAAGGACAUUUAAUCACUGAAGCAACUUAAACACCUGCACCUAUCCCCUCUUCGGGUCAGUAAAUUUAUUUCAUGUGAGUGUGCAGAUGUGGGAGCAAACCACAAGGAAACUGACAGCACUACUAUACUGACAGCACAGCAUCCUUCGUUUAUGUUGUUGUAUCCCAAACGAAAAGAAAAAUCGUACUUCCGGUUGAAGGCAGUUAAUCAAAAGUAUAGCGAUGAAUCAAAGGAUAUUAGCAUCGUUUUAGGAGAAACAAAAUUAAACAGUAUGGAGGAACACAAGAUACAGGUAAUCAGUCCAGCAGAAAUUAUAGCAGUAUUUUUAUUGGCCUUACUUUCAAGGGCACUCAGAAGCCAGACAGUGCUGUAUAGAUUUUUAGCACAGUUUGCUUUGUUUGCCCUACAGUUGAUUUUCAAGCAAAUUCGUUUGUGUAUGAAUAACAUACGCUUGCUUUGGCGGCAGAAAAACGUGCAGCUUCCGUUGAUUAGGAUGCGUUCGACCUGUUUCGACCCGGCAUCGUUGAUUUUUUAAUCAAUAUUUUUAAAAUAAUUGAAAACGUAGCACUAACUCGCACCAAUUCCUGCAACGUUGCAAAAACUAAAUUAGUUUACCUUUACGCACUUUUCGAUUGUUUAUUAUAAAUCUGCACACUUGUCGUUUGACAUUUGUUUGAUAACUGUUUUUCCAUCCAUCUAUGGUUGUGUCUUGUGAUUCUCGACUCAUAAUCACAUAAUAUUUAAUUUGUUAAUCGCAUCGUUUUAAAAAUUCUUAUCACUAUCAACUUUUUCCUUAUUUUAUGCUAUUGCUUUCGGUCACAUUUUUUUAUUUGACGUGCGUGUACGCUUGUGAGUGUGUUAAACCAAUGUUUGCGUGUGCGUGUGUGUGUAUAUGCUUGCGUGUGUGUCUUUGUAUGAAAGAGUAUCGUUGAGAACGAGGAAGAAAACGAAUCAAAAACUCCACUAAAGGAAUGUCUAAUGAUCUAAGUUCAUCUCGUACCGGCCUCAAGACAAACCCGUCGUCGUUCCCGUGUUGUUCGGAAACAAGUAAGGAAAGAGCAACCGCCCGGUGCAUUCGUGUACGAGUUUCCACCCGACGGACGAUUGGAGGCAACCAGGGAAGAAUAGGAACUAUUAUAUAUACAUAUAUAUACUAAAAUAGAUAUAUAUUGAACUAUACAUAUUUUUACCUUUGCCCUUUCAUGCCAAAAGUGGCAAAUACUGGGUCGAGCAAGGAAGGGGGAAAGGGCCCCCGACCGGUAGUAGCCUAGGAAAACAUGUUGCUAAAAGGGGGUUUAAAAGCGAAAUCUGGGCGCUCUAUGUUAAUGUAUUGAAACAGACAGUAAAAGCUGGAGGGAAUGUUUUCAGCGCCAAAACUCAAUCCUGGAGGGGGUAAAGUUAAACCAGCCGGUUUUUGUAGCCUUCGACGGAAGCAGCUGGCAGUUCUUUUGCGAUUCACCGGGAAGGGAAGCAUUGUGUAUAGACCCAUCGCAGCCAUUAGACGUGAAGAAGGGAAGUUGGAACGGGAGCGUCUCAGCAUGAGCAUAGCAACAUGAACAAACCAACUCUUGUUCCGCGGGGACGAUUUGUUUUUCUUUUGCUUUCGAAUGAAGCCUCGUCGGGGGAAGAACGUUUAUGUUUCGAGAACAAACUCAUGCUCAUUCACGCACAUACACACAUCCAAAACCAUGGAAGAAACAUUGCAAAGGCACAGGAACAUAACAAGGAACGUAACCGACGAACGCGGGCAAGAGCAGAGCAAAACGAAUCAACAUCAUAGAAGAAACAAACGAAAAGCGCAUGUCCGGGUGGGCAGACAAGAAGAACAAGAACAAAACAAAAAGAAACAGGGGUGAUAUGGUGUUAUAUUAGGUAAAUAUAAUUAUUUUUAAGUUAAAAAAUAAAUAAACGUAAAACAUGGAGCAAACAUCCAACCACACAAACGAUGAAACAAUUGAAAAACAGAAAAAAAAACUGUUGGAGAAGAAAGAUUGAAAGAAGGGAAAAGGAAAAUCGAAAGAAGGGAAGACGAAAACAAAACAAACGAAAAAUUGACUCUCGAAAAUAAAAAAAAAACG